CUUCUGAUCCGUUUGAUGCUUGGGUUGCACAGCUCUUGGAAGUGCUGCCAUUUGCUCUGCCCCGCGCUCCUCUUGCGAGCACCCAGGGGUAGCCUGCUUUUAAGCAUAAAUCUUGCUGCCCUCUUUUUGCGCUCUAGCAGCACCGUACUCAAAGGCUGUAGUCGUCUUGAGAUCCUUAUGGGACAGCAUCGUGUUAUUUUAUAUGCACGAGGGUUUGCGUGGUCUUAGAAUGAGAAAAGAGAUUUUCUGAUUUACAUUAGGGAAGGAAAAGUUGAUUGGCUCUCCCCUCCCUUAAAUUUCCUCUUAUGAAAGACCAAAACACCUCUCGCACUAAUUGUACUUUGUUUUGCCCUUUUCACAGAAUCUUCCAAAUCGUGGCUCUUCCUUUGGUUUCUCAGUAUUUAAUUUAAUGAAUGCAAUCAUGGGAAGUGGCAUACUUGGCUUAUCCUAUGCUAUGGCCAACACAGGGAUCAUGGGGUUUAGUAUCUUGUUGCUGAUUGUUGCCACCCUUGCUUCUUACUCGGUAUUUCUUCUGCUCAGUAUGUGCACUCAGACUGGUGGUGGGAGAAAGCUUCCGUUUCUUUCCUUAUUGGCUCUGUUGUCUACAGCUAGCUUUGGUCUCUCAGAUGAUUGCUUCCUGAUUCUUCUUAGAUCUGCUGCUCCUGUCUUCACCUGUUGAGUGAUCUUCUUCAUGCAUUCUUAAAAAAUACUUUCCAGAGCUGUCACUUCCUAUGAAGACCUUGGCCUGUUUGCAUUUGGAUCAACUGGAAAGGUCCUUGUUGCAACUACAAUAAUUAUCCAGAAUAUUGGAGCUAUGUCAUCUUAUCUUUUAAUUGUUAAAUCUGAACUUCCUGGUGCUGUUGCGGGGUUCUUAAGUGGAGACGAGAGUGGGUCUUGGUACCUUGAUGGGAGACUGCUGCUACUGAUUACUUCAGUCUGCAUUGUUUUUCCUCUCGCGCUUCUUCCUAAAAUUGGCUUUCUUGGCUACACAAGUAGUUUAUCAUUUUUCUUUAUGGUGUACUUUGCUCUUGUGAUUAUGAUUAAAAAAUGGUCAAUCCCUUGUCCUCUACCUCCAAGUAGUGCCAUAGAGACUUUACAGGUUUCAAAUUCUACUGGGGAUUGUAAAGCAAAGCUCUUUCAUCUUUCAAAAGAGGAGAGAAAAGUAGCAAAUAUGGUUCCAUCAUCAAUGUCAGUACAUUGUCCUGGCCUGAACAAUCUGGAGAAAAAAGGUCAUUUGCUAAGUCCAUCCAAAAGUAGAAUGCGGAAUGUAACUGUGACAGGAAUUGGUCUGAGUUUCGUAGUUUACUUUAUGUCUGCUCUGUUUGGGUACCUGACAUUUUAUGACAAAGUGGACUCUGAAUUGCUACAGGGUUACAGCAGGUACCUGCCACAUGAUAUUGUCAUCAUGACUGUUAAAGUAGCCAUACUGUUUGCUGUGCUUUUGACAGUCCCUCUAAUCCAUUUCCCAGCGAGGAAAGCUGUAUUGAUGGUAUUUUUCUCUCAUCUUCCUGUGUCGUGGAUUUGCCAUAUCCUUGUCACUUUAACACUGAAUACAAUUGUUGUUUUGUUUGCAAUGUACGUGCCAGACAUUAAAAAUGUAUUUGGAGUAGUUGGUUCAACCACAUCAACAUGUUUGCUUUUUGUAUAUCCUGGACUCUUUUAUCUUAAACUUAGCAGAGAGGACUUUUUAUCACCACAGAAACUUGGGGCAUGUGCAUUGGUUAUUUUUGGCAUUUGUGUUGGCCUUCUCAGCUUAGUUCUAAUAAUUUUGAAUUGGAUUGAUCAAUAACAGCCUAUUGUCUGAACUGAGCUUCAGAAGGACAGCAAGAACCAGAGACGUGUCAAAACUACUGAAAUGAACGCUGGAUGUCCUAAAGAAGACACUGACCGAAGCUGUCUAUGGAAGAAAUAGUGCUCUUUUUCACUGCGU